AUGAGGGCGCAUUCGUAUUGCCUGUCAGAUCGUCCCCUGCUCUCCAAUUUCCGUCUUCACCUCCUCGUUUUCCCUGAAGCUCGAAAACUCACUUCGCGACAAGCGCGGCAGCCUGCCAACCGUCCUUCCCCCCCUUGCGUCUCCGAGCCAUCUCCCGCAUCACCCCUCACCGCCACGUGGCAUCUGCUUGCAUUUCUCCUUCUCCCGCAUAUCUCCCCUCCCCUCCCCUCCUCCCCGCAUAAGCCCCCCACAACACCUAAUACCCGGUCCCCGUCCUCCAUUGUCUUUCAUGCACGUACAGUUCUCUCUCGGCCCCCUGGGGGAGGCCCCGGCGGACCUGGCGGACCAGGUGGUCCUGGCGGACCUGGCGGAUACGGCGGGCCUGGCGGAUUCGGCGGACCCGGCGGACAGGGCGGAGGAGGUCCGCCUAAUGGCGGUCCCCCUGGUGGCGGCGCCGGCGGACAAGGGGGCCCAGGGGGGCGGGGGGGGCCAGGCGGACAGGGGGGCCCAGGCGGACCACCUGGCGGCCCGCCCAUGGGGCCUCCGCCGGUGUUCGGCCCGUUAAACCUGAAGGUUGUGGGCAAUCUGACCGCCGCUGGUGGCGCUCGACUCGCCAACUGCUCCACUGCAUUCCCCACGGAACACGCGGAUUUCCGAUUCGGCAUCUUCAAGAACGACAGUGGCAACUACAACAUUGUGUUCCAGGCCAUGCUGGUGGACGCAACUGGAGGCCCGCCCGAUUCCCUUGCAAUCACCCAGGGCGCUGCGUGCGACGCCGCGGCCACGUCUUUCCUCUCCCUCCCCAUCGCCACCACCGAUUGGAUCGUCCACUCUGGCUGGUGGCUGCUGCACUCCGAAAUGCGCCUUGACGGAUUUCUGGAGAACGCAGAUCCGGCUACGCUGACAACCCUGCUCGCCGCGAUUCCCAGCAUUCCCGAUAGUGCAGUUACUUCUACCGGUGGAGCUUCUGGGAACCGGCGCAAGGGCAUGGAGAGUGGUGUUCAGGGGAGGAUGCUGCUGUUUGACCUGUUUAAGUCCCUUGGGAAGGCCGUGGGGGGGGCGAAGAAGAAGAACCAGGGAGGCAAGAAGAAUUCUGCUAAGGGCUCGGGCAACAUGGGUGAGCCGCUUACUGUGACCGGGUAUGCUGUGCUGGCUGCGAGCUCCGCUUCUGGUGCCACAUGGGGUGCCGAGCUCAAGGGUGUGUUGGUGCCAGAGGCUCCCCUGGCCCCAAUCCCGUGA